CCCACCGGGCGGCCACCUAGCUGCCCGUGUCCUCCUACCUGCCAUCUGUUGCUUCGUCCCAAAUUAAUCAAUCCACAAAAUCAAACCGCUGCACGCUGCUUCGUCGUUAAGCCUCUGGCCGCCUUCUUCGCGGCCACACCCUAUAGAAUCCAACCCGUGGGGAUUGCGAUCCCCAUCCCCAGACAGCCAAACCAAUUGCAACUCUCCCCCUCCUCCGAAUCUCGAAUCACAAAGGGACCGACCCACCGGCCGACCGAACCAAGCAGCGGAAUCGAUCGAUGGAGGAGGCCUGCGAGAUCGCGCGCCUGCCGGAGGAGCUCGUCUCGGCGGCGCUGGCCCGCACGUCCCCGCGCGACGCCUGCCGGGCCGCGGCGGUGUCCCCGGCCUUCCGCGCCGCGGCCGACUCCGACGCCGUCUGGGCCUGCUUCCUGCCCCCCGGCGCCCUCCCGCCGCUCGCCGACGGGGACCUGGCCGCCCCCGCCCCGCCCUCCUCCAAGAAGGAGCUCUUCCUCCGCCUCUCCGCCGGCCCCGCCCUCCUCCAGGACAGGCUCGUGAGCGUGUGGCUGGACAGGGAGACCGGCGCCAAGUGCUACAUGCUGUCCGCCAGGAACCUCUUCAUCGUGUGGGGCGACACGCCGCAGUACUGGACCUGGAUCCCGCUCGAGGACUCCAGGUUCUCCGAAGGUGCCCAACUCAUGCAUGUUUGCUGGUUCGAGAUCCGCGGGAAGAUACAUAGCAAGAUGCUCUCCCAGGACACAACCUAUGCCGCCUACAUGGUCUUCAAGACGACCUAUAAUUUCUACGGGCUGGAUUUUCCGGUCCAGGAGGCAUCGAUCAGCGCCGGAGCAACCAACUCAACCCGCAAGGUUUGCCUCCAAGGUAACGAUGACGACGACGGCGAGGGUGGGGUGCCCGAGAACUACCGGCCGAUGGUUCCAUUUCCGCGGCUAAGACUCAGGAGAAGGAACCGCCGCGUAGUAUCCCACGAAGAGAAUGUCGCGCUCCCACAGCAAAGGGCCGACGGGUGGAUGGAGCUGGAGCUGGGCGAGUUCCUGAACGAGGGGGGCGACGACGGCGAGGUGUCCAUCAGCCUGGUGGAGACGAAAGGCGGGAACUGGAAGAGCGGCCUCAUCGUGCAGGGCAUCGAGAUCAGACGUAAGAAAUCGGGCUGAGCGAGGAGCCCCUGGGAUUCGACUCUGCCGGGUCAAUGUAAAUGAAUAAGGGAAAGCAUAUCUUCUGUAGUGCGUGUUUUUGAACACUUCUCCUUUUGCUGCUAAAGCAUACUAUGUGUUACGGAUUAAGUUACGGAUUAAGCAGAUUUGCGUCUGGUUAUGUGA